AGGUCAUUUUACUCCCUGCGCAGUUUGCUGUUCGUCGUCGUCACUGCGUGCGGAGACUGGCUGUGCAAAGAGAAAGACUGUAUGGAUUUAGGAUCAACAGUGAAAUGUCUCAGCAGUGGAAAUGCAGCUCAUCGCCUGUGUGUUGCUUUUUAUCACCACAACAGAUAAAACAUGGGCUUCGUCACAGCACCACUGCGGUGGGCAUGUCAGACUGGACCAGGAACCUGCUGGCCACAUCAAUCUCACUUUACCUGAACUUUUUACAGACAUUGGCAGAUUCCAUUCUAUGAAGCGAGAGUCUGACAGAGCCUUACAGCUUUCAGUGUGCACGUGGAUGAUAGAGAUCCCUGCAGGGAAGACGGUACUUUUAAAACCAGAAUGGUCAGGAAGUGGCUCGAGCGUAUGGGUGCGAUGCAUCUUGAAGGAGAAAAAUCAGGCCCUGGAAAGCGGGAGGACGGCUGUGCUCUUCGGCUGUCACAGAAACCAAGCAGCACUCACGUGGACAGGGGAAGGACACUCGUCAAAUGUAGUUCAGUUGGCUUAUUCUGUCCAGGAAGAUGAGAGGAAUUCCUCGGAUGGCCGCUUGACUCACCAACCAGACCAAGACCUCACUGGCUGGGCUCAGACAGGAACCAGCUUUACAAGUCCAGCUCCUAUUGGUCAGGAGACAGUAAAAAGCACAGAGGGGGGCAGAGGUCACCUAUGUGAAGGUCUGGAGUCUAGUUCCGAUCCUCGGUGUCCUUCGAACGGCUCUACUCAGGACCCGGUGACGGUGCUUCCCACCUCAGCCCAGCAGGGUCUGUCUGUCGCUGGGCGAACUGAUAGGGAAACUCUCCCUCUUCCUGAGGAAAAACCAAACAAUGAAGCGGAUACAUCUGGAGCUGCUCACCUCACUGAUGCUCCAGUUACUGCCAGAGAAAGAACACACCCAUAUUUUGAUCCCGAACUCAAUACAAACUCCACAUACCCUAUAAAUGAGACCCCUCCUGCCCAAACAGAAACGACUCUGAGUUUCCACACUAUGUUUCACACAGAUAUGCAAAGACACACAUCCAGCCAAACACCCAAACACACAUACAAGCACAUGACUACUGAAACUGACCAGAGCGUCUCCGGCAGCGUCCCACUGAUCACAUCUUCUGGCCGAGAGCUACCUUCACAGACAGUAGUAGAAAGCGACACCACUGUUAUUUCACAAGAUGUCGCUGUUGUGGGGACGCACAGAGAUAAACCAGCUCAUCCCUGGAGGAGCCUGCGAAACACUGACAGGGUGAGCUCCGAUCUUUCCUCUUCCACCACCUCCAGCCCUUUAAAGUCUUCCCUCAAACCUCUUCAGGACGACUCGCACAGCAGCCAUGCUUAUACCGACCCCACUUCAGCUUCAGAGUCCGCUUCCGCUUCUCAAAGCCCCAGCAGGACUUGUUCAUCCACUCCCCAGGCCUCAGAGAUUGACACUGCUGUUAACACCACAGAAGCUGCAUCAGUUCAUCCAAACACAAGCCAACGUGAUUCAUUUGUAUCAGCCACCUCAGACGUUACUGUUCAGACUCCUGGAAUAGAGCUGUCAGAGAAGUUUGAAAACACGGAGGUGCUUGAUGCGCUCAUUUCUUUCCCUGAGAGUCAAACAAAUGCUGAGCCGAGUACAGAGAGCGUCUCAGACUUUCCCUACUUAUCCUCAUCAUUCAUCACGCCGGCAGGCAACAAAGACGCAGAAAGCACACAAAGGAAUCUCACGAAUGCAGACACAGCUAUUAAUACAAUCUCCACCUCUCCUGUUGUUAGCACAGACAGUGGACAGACUUCUUUCAUAACCAGGGCAUCGCUAACGACGAAUGAUGAUGCCCAAAACACAGAAACCACCAAAGGAACAUACAUGGUGCACCAGACUCACACAAACAUCGACGACGACCUGCCCACGAAUUCACCAACCCCAGUUCCUCUUUUGGUGUCUAGUUUGUCCACAUCUCCACACACACUCCGAACACACACUCAGUUGUCAGAUAGUUCACACACCACUUUAACCUCCUCUGUCAAUGAUUCCACCAAGCAACUGGCUUUUGUGGACCUCAAAUCCACAGCGACGCCCUUUGAAAUAUCCCAGGUACCUCAACCAGAUGGUCAUCCGUCUCUCUCACCACCUACUGAACGCUCCCGUUCAGAUGAACAUCACCGCGACGUUGAAACUACGACGCGCGCAUCUCUGGUUUCAAUUACGACGCAGUCGGAUCAUGGCAAAAGAGAGAAAAAUAGUAAUCAAGGGGAUGAGCGCUGGCAGUGGAUGGUCAGCAGCACAACCUCACACACUCCCACAGCUGGACCAGCAGAGCCCCGCGUACUCCAGACAACCCCACCUCCCAGGAGGGAGAGCCAUCCAGGGCUUGCUUCUUCAACUGUGACUUCCACACUGAUUUGGAGCUCUGCAGGAACUCCCAAGUUCUACGUUGUGCCAGAUCAGCCUGUCGUCAUCAAAGCGGAGUACAUUGAACUGCUGCUGCAGAUAGUUGUAGAAGACUCCAAGUCGAGUUUCACUGCUGGAUUAGAGGAAGAAACGGCUGCCUGGGUGGAACCGUACCUGCAGAAAGCCCCGGGGUUCAGCAGGCUGCUGGGAGUCUGGAGCAGUGGCCAUGCAGUGCAGAGUCUGGUGAACUUCAGAACCAGUGAGGCUCUGCAGUGGCUCGGCGUGUCUGAACCCACUUCACUGCUGGAGCAAACAGGACUGGCUCAGGCUCUGCGGGAGGGGAGGACGUUCAGAUCAUCCAGGAUCACCAACAUCACGGUUGGAGGUUUGCAGGGAGAAGUGUGCGGUUGGUUGCUGCAGUGUCCUGCAGGCUAUAAAUGUAGAUCCAAGCUCGGCAGCGCCAACUACAGCUGUUCCUCCGUUUGCCACUUCGACCACUGCCACCACCACGGGAUCUGCACGCACCAUCCCGGCCAGCUGCCCGUUUGCCGCUGCCUCGCAGGUGACGACUUCUGGUACAUGGGGCGGAGGUGCGACGUGAGGAUGACUCGAGCGCGCCUCGUGGGAGCGUGUCUUGCCGUGGUCGUCAUUAUAGUGGCCGUCAUUGGCGUCCUGGCCUUUGUGGCAGUACGACGAUACCGAGCCAUCCUGAUUCAGGCUAAAGUGGACCAGACACGUAGCAGCUAUCGCAGGUUCAACCACUUCGACGAGCUGUCGGGUCGCUUCUGGUUGCGCUCGUGGGCGGGAUCGGCAGACUCGCUGGACAAUCCGGCCUUCGCGCGCUCCAACGACCUACUGCAUCUGCGGGCGCUCGACCGCCCCUGCUGUUACCACGACGACACGCUGUCGCUGGCCUCCACCUGCCCCAGCCACGGGACACACAUCAAUACCAUCUACCCUCACAGCUCCCAGUAUGGUUGGAGGGGGAGUGAGAUGAGUGUGGGGGAUGGUGUGCUGGACUCGGGUAAGGCCAGUGAUCUCUCCGUGUGCAGCUGGCCGGUCGAACCCAUUCACUGGACUCCCUUCCCACUCCUGCAGCAACUGGCCUCUCACCGGACACCCACAGUCAGGGUGUCACGACCGCGGUCGUACUGCGAAGGCAUGGAGCUGGUAGAUCUGGGGAGGAGCUGGACUGCCUGACACCCGUGAAGGAGAACCAGAUAUGCCCUGCUUCACUUGCUAUUGUGUGGAUUUUUGUACGGUGAAUCUAACGUCUGAAUGUGUUGUUAAUUAAAAGAUAUGUAAAACACAAUGUAAAUGUGUACAUAAGUUUAAAAGUUUGUACAGUUGUUGUUUAGUUUGAAUCUACAGUGCGGCGUCCAGAAGCUGGCUGUAUGUCUGUGUGACGCAGUUAUAGUUUUGAUAAAUAUUUCUACUUUGAGCAAGAAUACAUGUGCUUUAAAUUAUGUUUUGAGAUUGAAAAAUGACUUUUUUUCAGUAUUGCUUAAGUUCUCCUAAAGGGUUAACAAACAUCAAAAGUGCCAACAAUUCACAGCAUAAAACACCAAAUCUUUUUUCUGCAUGGAGCCUACCUAAAUAAUUUAAACUUUUGGGAAGUUUCCAGACUGGUUUGGAGAAAUGUCUUAUAACGUCACCAUAAAACCAAAGUUGCAUUGACUGAGUGUUAGAAAACCUUUUUUUUUGUUUGUUUGUUUAUAAGACAUAUUGUCUUUCUAUAAAUUUCUUUCCAUAACGUGGUAAGGCUUAGAAUAGGCCAAGGAUAUCAAAAAUAUGGCCCACCAGCCCAAAACCGACCAGCAGGAGGAUCCAGUUUGACUGUGGAAUGACCUUGUAUAAAUCUUGAAAGUUACAAAGAAAACAGCUGCGAGUUUUUAAAGGAAAUUAAUGCUAUUCCUGAAUUUUCCAUUGGGUCAAGGGGGCAAUACACAAGGCUGAGAGCCACAAGUGACCUUCUUAUGGCGACAAUUUCUGCAUCAGCAAAAACCUUCUACUUUUGUUACAAACCAUAUUACAGCAUGAAAGUGGUGUUUGUGAAAUAAUGUUGGCUUAAAGCUGCAGAAUUUGUGUGACUAAAAGAAUGAGCUUAAAGAGAGACACUGUUAAAGAUUCAGAAAGCACGUUUCUUUCUUUUGAAAUUUUAAAUUUUGUGAAAAUGGACCAUUAAAUGUUUUCAGA